CUCAGACCCAUCAUGCCAUGCCACUGAGAGCAAUCUCCAGCAUCUUAGCCAGAUCACAGAAAAAAACAGAGAACUUCUAGACUAAAAGAGUGAUUGAACACCAGGAGAACCUUCACUGGGAGCUUGGGAAAUCUCUGCCUGGAAAUUCUUUCCAAAAGCCAGCCUGCACCAUGAUGUACCCUGCCAGUCCCGGGUCUGGAGACUCCCCAGAGGGCUUCUCGGAACAACGACUCCAGCCACGAAUUAGAGACGCCUUUUUUACCUGCCGGAAGAAUGUCCUGGCCAAGAGCUCACCCCCACAGGCCGAGGGGGAAUUUGCUCUGUCUCCAGAAGGGCUGCAUCAAGAGGAGAGAGAAGGCCUGCUGCAGCAGUGGCGAGAAGAAGGGGCCAACAGGUUGCUCUCGCCCACCGGCGGGAGUUCUUGUUUGGAGAGAGGGCUGGCCCGUGGAGAAGGCAGUUUGGCACUCCUAAUGGCCGGUUCCAUGGAGCAGCAGGAGGCUGCUUUGGAAGACAAGUGGUCCAGCGUGCAGCUCAGUGACCUCCGCACUCUGGCACUCGGAGAGCCUUACCCCGGGGUGCAGCAGGAAGAGGAGCCCUUCCCCAAAGUGGAUGCAGCCACAUGGGUGGCCAUUCCCACGCCACCGGACCAUCAGUUUCCAGACUGCGGGGCCCCUCCCGAGGUUGCCCCGGUUACGGACCAGUGGGAAGAAGGUCCCGCCGUGGCAUCGUGGAGCUUAGCGCCCGAGCUGGGGCCAGAAGGGGAAGCUCCCGGUUGGCCCUUCGAGGGUUUGGAGUAUGUGCCGGCUCCUUCGCUGGAAGUACCUUACCACGAAAUCUUGUGGCGCGAAUGGGAGGAGCUCUCCCCACAGCCAGAGGCUCAGCAGGGGCUGCAGUCGGGGAAGAGCUCUGCGUUCCAGUUCACCGUCAUGUCCUACAACAUCCUCGCCCAGGACCUGGUGCAUCAGUGCCCGGAGCUCUACCUACAUUGCCAUCCCGAUAUCCUCAGCUGGGACUAUCGCUUCGCCAACCUCUUGCAGGAGUUCCAGCACUGGGACCCGGACAUCCUCUGUCUCCAGGAAGUUCAAGAGGAUCACUACUGGGAGCAGCUCGAGCCAGCCCUGAGGAUGAUGGGCUUCACCUCCUUCUACAAGAGGAGGACUGGGCGCAAGACGGAUGGCUGUGCCAUAUGCUACAAGCACACCCGCUUUCGCCUACUCUCCUCUAGCCCCGUGGAGUAUUACCGGCCGGGACUGGAGCUCCUCAACCGUGACAACGUGGGGCUGGUGCUUUUGCUGCAGCCGCUGGGCCCGGAGAGCUUGGGCCCCGGAGCCGCGGGGCCCCUGUGCGUGGCCAACACCCAUCUGCUGUACAACCCCCGCCGAGGGGACAUCAAGCUGGCCCAGAUUGCCAUCCUCCUGGCUGAGGUGGACAAGAUGGCAAGGCUGGAAGAUGACAGCUACUGCCCCAUCAUCCUUUGUGGCGACCUGAACUCUGUCCCCAACUCACCGCUGUACGACUUCAUCAGGAAGGGGCAGCUCCGGUACCGAGGGAUACCGGUGUGGAAGGUGUCUGGGCAAGAAGACUUCUCCCACCAGCUUUAUCAGAGAAAGCUGUCAACUCCUCUGUGGCCCAGCUCUCUGGGCAUCUCAGAUAGCUGCCAGUACACCGCAUCCUGCCUCCCAAAGAUUGCCGAGAAACGCAAGUAUAACCGAGACUUCCUGCUGAGCUUGCGCUUCUGUGACAUCGCUUGCCAGCGGCCCACAAGGCUGGUCCUGUUAGAAGGAGUAACCGACGCCACUUCAGAGCGUCCUGAGGGCUGGUCCCAGUCUAUCCCUGAGGCAGAGUCAAAUGAUCUCCAACCCUUCCUACCCAGUACUGCGGACACCCUCCAGCACAGCCUCCACCUGACCUCUGUCUAUAGCCACUUCCUGCCCCAGCAGGGCUGCCCUGAGGUCACCACGGUGCCCUUGGGCCUGGGUGCCACAGUGGAUUACAUAUUCUUCUCAGCUGAGCCUUUGGAGGACGGGCCCAGAGCCAGCCAUGACCGGUCCCGGGGCAGAGCCCUGAAGCUGCUCGGCCGCCUUUCCCUCCUGUCCGAAGAGGUCAUCUGGGCUGCUAAUGGCUUGCCGAACCCUUUCUGCUCUUCGGACCACCUCUGCCUGCUGGCCAGCUUCGAGGUGGAGGUUGCCGCCCCCUGAAGGGGCUGUCAGGGAAGAAGGGUUUCUCCUCCAGACGAUACCAUUAGAUUGGAGACCGGAAACCUCAAGCUCUGCGUUCUUAAUGCCCAGGCAGCGCCCCUGCCCCACUGCAUCGUCCAACUCAGCUGGCUUUUCCCACCCUUCCCAAGUCUCCCACAACCCCCAGUCCCUUCCUUCGUCUCCUUCUCUCCCCUCCCCUCCCUUCUAGGCCUCCCUCACUCUGGGAGACUCUCUCCUUUCUACUGAUUGCCCAUCUCUCUCCUCCACCCCCAUGGACCAGGUUUGCUGGCGUUUUUGAUCUCAUUUGUUAUUUGCUUCUAGACCUUAAGUUCAUACCCCCUAUAGCUCCUGCUGCCGGCAGUUACUCAGUCCCGCCCAGCGGCUGCCCUCCCUACCCCCUCUCUCCCUGGCCCAUCUGGCUGGCACCGUGUGUACAUGACAUUGCUUUCCCCCACAAUGGGUUGGUGCUGUGAAGGUCAGGACUGCCCCUUCUCUUGCCCUGCCCACCUUGUUCUGUCUGGGAAUUGGUUUUAUGGGAGGAGUGGACACUUUGUAGUCUGAGCUCCUCGCCGCAGAGCUUCAGGGGCUGCGCUUGAAGUCUCACCUUCCUCCUGUGGCCCCUCUCUAAUUGCUUCGGUGCGUGCUGCCCCCUAAAAUGUUGACUCUCAGCUUCUCAGAGCAUUGGAAUCCACACAUAGGGAGCCCUUCUGAAGCUCCCUGGAGCCAUCAGGCAAAGGGGGUAGGGGAUCUGAGGUCUGAUAGACGCCUGGACCAGAGAUGGCUCCUCACCAGUGAUGCCUCUGCGAUUCCCAGUCUCUCUCUCAUAGGGCAGACUGGAACUUUGGAGCUAAGGUGGACGUAGCACAAGUGGGAGUUGGAACGAGUCGAGCUCGUGGACUAAAGUCAAAAGAGAGGCUUGGGACCUGAAAACCAGUGUGACUGGGCGGCUCAGGUAUCAGGGGAGCAGGAAUUGGGGAGGGCUUUGCCGAGGAGAUCAACCUAGACCCUCCACUGAGGCUGAAGCCUGAGGUGUGGGAAGUGAAGCCAGAGCUGCUUCUGUUUCCCUUCCCCCUCCCCUCCUUCCUUCACCCAACAAACUGUGUUCUGCCAGAGAGGCCUUAGCAGGGAGACUCCACAUCCCCUUUAUUAGUGGGAGAUUUCUGUAUUUGGGGACAGAAUCUGGGGUUUGGGGAUGUGUUGUAGGGACGGUGCCAAGCUGGUCAGCCAAGAGGCUGCCUCUUGCUGCCCAACACCCUGGGCAGUGGUGAAGACCCCCAGGGGAUUUCCCUGGGUCCCCUGGUGCUUGAGUGAGGCUGGGCAAGGAUUCCACUGGCUAACAUUUGGGUCAGGGCCUUUGAGGGGCCACUUGGGCACGGGGUGGGGAUACUGAUGGCCUCGCUGCUCCCGGGGUGGGGCGUGAGGUGGGUUUUGUCUCCCCUAAGGACUGUGGUUGGACCUGCUUGCCGCCUCGCUUCUUUGAGUGACAUCUUCGCUCAGGCAGUAGCUUUUCUAAGGAAAGGAGGCCGAUUGUGCUCCUGCCCCGCCCCUCUCUGUUCCACGCCUCCACCUUCAGUGCCCGGCCUGAGGUCAGGCGCACAGGGUUUCCAUCUGGGCUCGGCCUCUUUCUGUUUUGGAGAAGGAAGUAUUUUGAAUGCUAAUUAAAAGUUAUUUUUUUUAGUA